AUGUCGCAAGUCCCCGGGGCCUCGCAGCUCACCCAAGCGGGUGAAGCUAACGACCGAAUAGCCUGGCUCGGUCGCUGGACGUACAAAUACGCUGUCGCUUCGUACCUCUUCCAACUGGACCAGUACGAACGCGAACAACGGUACGAACGCGAACAGCGAGUUGUGGUUGGCGGUCGGAGUGCGAAACGUCGGAAAUCCGCGGAAGGGGUUACCGGGGACUCUCCCGACCUGGUCGGGAACUCCCUCGACCUGGUCGGGAACUCCCUCGACCUAGUCGGGAACUCCUUCGACCAAGUCGGGAACUCCUUCGACCAAGUCGGGGGCGGGGGCAGGGCACAUGCCCUGAAGGGGGCAAACGGCCUCGACCGGGCAAACGGCCUCGACCGGGCAAACGGCGUGGAUGGCCGUCGGAUAAACGGCGGCUGGACCGAACUGGAGACCUGGUGGUCGGCAGUCGGUGGUGUUGGUGAAGCCGGUUCGUCGAACCGCGAGUCAACGUCACAGAGGCUACGGGAUGCCUUUGAAUGUUUGACAGGUCGCGAACAGUUGCUACGGAUUGCACUGUUAUGGGGUUUCAUUGACCCGCACGCAGACCAUGACCCUCAAGCUCGACUUCGAGCGGAGGAACAGAUUUACUGGACAUUCGGGUCCUUGGCACUUCAAGAGGGAGUAGAUGCCGUCCGGACGAGUCUUCCCUUCGACGAAGCCGACGUUCGCCGUGCCUUCCAACAACCACCCGAUGCCGGUGCGCAACUCCUCGAAUUUGCCAAGACUCACAGCCUACCGCAACCCGCCUUCCAAUACUCAACUACCGACCUUGGCUCCUGGAAAGUCGAAGCCAGCCUCGGCCAAGUCAAGGCCGUUGUCGAACGCUUCCGGGUUGAGGACGCCCAACGCGAAGCAGCAGCCCAGCUCCUGGACACCCUCAAAAAACAAACCGACGGCCUUCCU